UGACGUCACUGAGAGCCGGUGGAGAAGCUGAAGAUGGCGGCUGUGAGGAUGCCCGCUGUCCGCGCCGCUGUGGUGAUGCUAGUGGCGGUUCUGCUCGGUGUUUUCGCGGUUGGAAAAUGUACAGAACAGGUUCCUCUGCUGCUGUGGACCAGUAAUGGGUUUUCGUUGCCGCCCCGGAGCGACCCGGCUGCAGGUCACACCGUAUCAGCGAGCGAGCUCCAGUCCUGCCUGAGCUCAGCGUUCAGCUCCGCACCUCACAACGUCCUGCUCUUCUUCCAGGACAAGUUGAGUGUUGAUGACUUCACCAAGUACGCCGGCGUGUUUGGCAACAAACAGGGCAGCGCCUUUCCCAAUCUAGAGACGACGCUGCAGUCCUCCUCGUCUCUGCUCCUGCCGUCGGUGUCGUCCUCGGCCAGCGCCUCUCUCCCCACGCUGCUGCAGGACGAGCUGAACACGGCGCCGCUCUACAUGGACCCGGACACGCUGGCCCAGCUCCGCCUCAAUGCCUCUCUCCCCGCUCUGCUCGUCUUCAGCCUUCCCUACAGCUCCUCUGGGGCUGAUAUGAUGUCUGUUAAAGAGGUCCUCAGUGGUAAUGACGAGGUGAUUGGUCAGGUGCUGAGAAUUAUGGGAAGUCAGUCUGUCCCUUACACAGCCAUCUACACCGCUCUCCGUCCCUCACGGGUGAUAGAGGAGUCGUUUCCGGAGGUGCGUUCUGUCGGAGCACGCUCUCUGCUGCAGUACCGGCGUGAGGGUUCUCCCGCUCCGUACGCACCCGUGGAGUUUAAAGAACGCGGUUCUACCUGCAUCCUGCUGUGGGCCAAGAACCUGACCGUGAGUGAGUAUCGCUCGGGGAAGUGGGAGAGACACAACCUCAGCCCUAAGACCUUCGGCGAGGGCGUUUCUCCUAAACUAGAAGGAUCGUCCUGUAACGCCACACACUCCAGGCUCGUCCUCCACUACGAACACGUAUUAAACUACCGCUCUUUCAAACUCGUCUUUGUGAUGAGGCAGAGGCACUAUAAGGUUUCAGCACGCCGCUGGUUCACCAUGGAUCAGGUCCAGCUCGAGUACGACGGCAAAACGGCUUCGUUUAACGCCAGCCGCGGAAUCUACGCCCCGGCCGAGUUCUCGUACCGCUGUCACUCCGUCAGCAGCUUCCGCUACCCACAGCUCACUCCUCGCUCGGCCAAGGACAACGCCAACGACUGGAGGAUCUCCUUCGACGACUUCCAGAUCCAGGGCUUUAACGUGACGGGGAGAGAGUUCUCCUACGCCAGCGACUGCGCCGGGUUCUUCACCCCGGGGAUCUGGAUGGGUCUGCUCACCUCCGCUCUCAUGGUUCUGCUCCUCACCUACGGCCUGCACAUGAUCAUGCAGCUGCACACCAUGGACCGCUUCGACGACCCCAAAGGCCCCGCCAUCUCCGUCCCACAGACCGAGUAACAAGCCCCGCCCCCUCAUCGUACUACAGACCGAGUAACGAGCCCCGCCCCCUCGCCCCACAGACUGAGUCACAAGCCCCACCCCUCGCCGCCCCAUAGACCGAGUAACAAGCCCCGCCCCCUCAUCGUACUACAGACAGAGUAACAAGCCCCGCCCCCUCGCCCCACAGACCGAGUAACAAGCCCCGCCCCCUCAUCGUACUACAGACCGAGUAACAAGCCCUGCCCCACUCUGACCCGCAUAGAGUAACAAGCCCCGCCCCCUCAUUGUCCCACAUAGAGUAACAAGCCCCGCCCCCUCAUCAUCACAUAUAGAGUAAUAAGCCCCACCCCUUGCCGUCCCACAGAUUGGGUAACAAGCCCCGCCCCCUCCAUUCCACAGACUUAGUCUUUAUUUCGUCAGUGCAAUAUGAGUAAAUCAUUCCAUCUUUUUUUUUCUCUCUCAACAAAAUCUGUUGUGUGUGUGCGUGUGCGCGCGUGUGCGUGCGUGUGCGUGUGUGUGCGCGCGUGUGUGUGUGUGUGUGCUUUCUGUGUUAUGAAUUUUAUUUUAAUGUUAAUGGUGUGUUAAAGCGAAGAGACACUCAUGAGGUUUGCUCAGAACGUGUCCCUUUUUCCCCCAGUGUCAUCAGCGGUGACGUUCAGAGUCGGACGUGUUCAGAGUCGGACGUGUUCAGAGUCGGACGUGUUCAGAGUCGGACGUGUUCAGAGUCGGACGUGUUCAGAGUCGGACGUUUGUUUGUUUAGUCUAACAGUAACGUAACGCAGUGUGAAUCCUCCAGUUUAGCAUGGAGCUCGAAGCACGUGUGUGUAAAUGAUCCUCAGAUCCUCACUCCGCACCCGCGUCAGACUCAGGCAGGGGGCGUGGCCUGGAGUCUGAAGGCGGAGCUUGUACAUUAUAAGUCACGCUAAACCGGAGACUAUAAGCUUUCAUGACUCGUUAGCGACAUUAGCGUCACAGCUCCAGUGCACAUCAAACCUUCCGUAGCUGAUUGACUGCAUUCACUUUGGGAUAAAAUGUCACUUUAACUCUUUCUGCCAGUUUUCUGUGUUUGUGUCGGAGGAGUUUGAGUGAAACGCCGCUGAUGUGUGUGUCGCGUCUGAGUUAAUAACGAACGAUACACAGAGGUAAUUCCGCGUUCUGCCACUAGAGGUCAGCGUGUGUUAUUGAAAUAAAUUCACACACACCAUAAAUGACUGAAAAGGGAGAAAAGCGCAGCCUCGGUGUUUUAUUUCAUCACUCAGAGGCUUCCGUGUCAGUAAAUUAAUCAACGCUCCGUCUCUAAACUCUGAGAAUCAGAGAUAUUCGUGUUCGUUUUCCUCGAGAUGGUGAUAUUUAUUUAUUUAGAAAUAUAAACAGGUUGUUUGGAGUAAAUUGUACAUAUAAUAAGAUGAAAUUAUUGCUGUCGAGUAGCUAGAAGAACUUAUUUAUUUGUAGCAUGUGUGCGCUGUUGUUGUUGUUGUUGUUGUUGUUGUUGUUCAUUAUCGUGGAGUGUGUAUUAACAGGAUUAAGGAUAUUUUGUGUUGUAUAAGCUGUAAACACUCGGGGAAUUGAACGGAUCUAAACAUUAGCGAUAAAAACGAUGGCGUACGUGAAGUAAAUUCAUCACCGUUUAAUUAAAGGGACAAACUUUAGACUUUAUUCCUUAUUUAUUUAUUUCAAAAGGACAAAAUGAGGUUUACAUUCGACUGAAACUCUACUUUUUGCUGUGAAUUUUUUUUUAUUUCUUCACCUCGUUUCAUUAUUAAUGGAAUUUAUGAGACAUGAAGGAUGUUUAUAUUGACGGAAGAUGAAUUAUUGAUUGUGUUUUAGAAACGUAAAGGGAAAUUUUCACGUGAAUAACGACCGUGUGAUCUGCAGGAAAGAUUCGUCUAUAAAUUAACACUAAAUUCUUGAUUGUUUGUGAAUCAUUACAAUGUGAAAUAAAUGUAUAUAAAAUACACAAAGUCUGAUUUAUGUUUCUGAAGCAGGUGUUAAAAUAAAAAAUCAAGAAAAUCAAAUAUCAA